UUUCUUUCUUUCCACACAACACAACAAAUACGCGCAGCAAGCAUGAUCGUUUCUUCUUCCCACUACUUAUACCCUUAAAAGCGUUACUUCCACAACUAAUUAUUAUUCAUUCCUAAAACAGUUACAAAACACAAACACAUUCCAAUUCCGAAUCACACUUUUCUUCUUCUUCUUCCAAAACCUUUCAACAAUGGCGAAGAAGAAAAAUAAGGGUGGAAAUGGUGGGAAUAAUGCUGAAAACAACAACAAUGGUGAAAACAAAGAAGAAAACAACAACAACAAUGAAGGAAACAAGGAAGAAGAAAACAACAACAACAACAAUGGAGGAGAUAAGAACAACAAUGGAGGAGAGAAGAAAGAAGAAAACAACAACAAAGGCAAAAACAACGCAACGGUUUUGAAAGUCUAUAUGCAUUGCGAAGGUUGCGCUAACAAAGUCACCAAACACCUUAACGGCAUCAAAGGUGUUGAUACGGUGAAAGCAGAGAGUGAAACCGGAAAAGUAACCGUCACCGGAAAUGUGGACCCCACAAAACUGAGAGACAAUCUUGCUGAGAAGAUUAAGAAGAAAGUUGAACUCAUUUCACCAAUUCCCAAGAAGGAUAACAAGAAGGAAAAUGAACCAAACAAAAAAUCUGAUGAGAAGAAAAAUGAAGACAAAAAAGAGUCAAUUACCACUUCUGUUUUGAAAUUGGUACUACACUGUCAAGGAUGUAUUGAUAAGAUUGGGAAAAUUGUUAUGAAAACUAAAGGAGUGCUUGAAAUGAAAGUUGAUAAAGAGAAAGAUAAUGUGACUGUGAAGGGUACAAUGGAUGUGAAAAAGCUAGUAGAGAAUUUAUCACAGAAGCUAAAGAGAAAGGUUGAGGUAGUUCAACCAAAGAAAGACAAAGAAGGUGGUGGUGGUGAGAAAGAAGGAAAUGAAGGUGGUGGUGGGGGUAAGAAAAAGAACAAGGGGGGUGGAGAUAGUAAUAACAAUGAAGGAGGAGGUGAAGUUCAGAUAAUGGAGUAUAUGGUUCAACAACCCUUUGGUUUUGGUUAUGGAAAUGUAAAUGUUGAAGGGUAUAAUGCUGCACAAGUUUACCAAGAGAUGUUAAAUAUUCAUAUGCAAACACAACCACCACAAAUGUUUAGUGAUGAGAAUCCAAAUGCUUGCAUUGUCAUGUGAUGUGUGUAUGAGUUGUCACUAUGUCAGUAGUUAAUUUCAUUCAAUUCAACAUGAUGGAUGAUGAUGAUGGUCUUUUGUUGAUUCCAUGAGACAUGGAAAAGAGUGACUAUAGUAUAGUCAGUGAGUGUCACUACUAGAGUCUUUUGUUUUUUCCCACUUUGUUUAUUAGAUGUUUUGUGGUAUGUAAGGAAGGGUUUUAAUGCAAUUAAUUAACAAUACAGUAGACAUCAUAUGGAAAUACCAAUUUUAAGAAUUUGUUUUAGCUUA